AUUGCUUGGCAGUUCUAACACCCUCGCCCUGGGUCUGAUUGGUUGUUUCUGACUGGUAGUGGCCAGAAAUGACCAAUAGCCAUCUAAAUCCUAUUAUUGGCUUCAGAUGCCAAUAAUAGCACAAGGUGGAAGUAGAGGAGAUUGAUCUUUUCACAGUUUGUCUCAUAUACUGUCACAACAUGGUGACAGUUUUAACAAAUAUGGAAAAUAUAUUUUUGUAAAAGUUACAGCUUUAAUGAACCAUUCUAAGUAAAAGCUCUCGAUGUAAGCCAGCUCUGGCGACAUUGACAUUGGGGUGUAUUGCCUGCCCACAGGUUAUUUAUUUUAUGUGGUAUUUGUUUUGCUUGUUUUUAAGCUCAGAGUGGCGAACUUUCUAUUAUUCCUAUCUCGAUUUGACACAGUGGAGGCUCCUGGACUUCCUGUAUCUGUGCCGUCUGUCCCCUGCUCUUUUUUCAGCCGUUACAAGCCAACAAAUGACAGAACUUUGCACAAUUUUUCUAAACAAGCCAAAUCUUCCACAAUGCUGUGAAUAUAAAAAGGAGGAAGUUUUCACUGAGCUCAGGAACCAGGAUGGGAACUCCACUUUAGAGCAAGGCAAAACAGAACCUUUGGUGAUAAAAAUAGAGCAAGAAGAGCCAAAACAUCUGGAGAUAAAACUGUUCAAAGUGGAAGACAAUCAACCCUUCUUCAGUCCGGAUGAAGAGCAGCUUUUGCUGAAACAGGAGACUGGAGACAUUUUGGUGACUCCUUCUAAUGUGCAAAGAAUCAGUGAUGAAACAGAACCUAACAGUAACCAAAAACUGCAAAGGAAACAUCACCAAGACCAAAAUUUAUUUGCCUGUAAAAUCUGUGAUAAAAUCUUUACCUUAAAUAGUAAACUGACUAAACACAUGAGAAGUCACUCAGGGGAGAAGUCCUAUUCACAUAAAACCUCAAGAAAAAGUUUAGAUCUUGACAAUACAACUCAUACGGAAAAGAAGCUUUCCUCGUGUGUUAUUUGUAGAAGAAGUUUCAGGAACAAAAGUAAUUUAAACAAUCAUAUGAAAAUUCACAGACCUCAGAAGACUUUCUCAUGUCCAACCUGUAAAAAAACUUUUACCCAAAAAAGUAAUUUAACUACUCACUUGAGGAUUCACACAGGCAAGAAACCUUUCUCUUGUGUGACCUGUGGAAAAAAAUUCAGAAACAAAUCUCAUUUAAUUUCUCACAUGAGAAUUCACACUGGUGAGAAGCCCUUUACAUGUAUGACUUGUGGAAAAAGUUUCACUCAAAUAGGUCAUUUAGGUACUCAUAUGAAAAGUCACACAGGUGAAAAGGCUUUCGCAUGUACGACUUGUGGAAAACAAUUUAGGGAAAAAAGGGGUUUAACUUCUCACAUAAGAAGCCACACAGGUGACAAGCCUUUCUCAUGUGGCACCUGCCGAAAAGGUUUCUUCACAAAAGAUGGUUUAAGUUAUCACAUGAGAAUUCACAAAGGUGAGAAGCCUUUCUCAUGCAAGAGCUGUGAAAAAACGUUCACCAGUAGAAGUUGUUUAGCUUCUCACAUGAGGACUCAUACUGAUGAAAAGCCUUUCUCAUGUGGGACCUGUGGAAAACGUUUAAGUAGCAGAUCUCAUUUUACGUAUCACAUGAAGACUCACACUGGUGAGAAGCCUUUCACAUGUUGUACUUGUGGAAAACGUUUCAUUCAAAAAAGUCAUUUGGCUACUCAUAUGAAAGAUCACACAGGGGAGAAGCUUUUCACAUGUGGGAUCUGUGGAAAAGGUUUUAGUCUAAAAAGUUGUUUAACUAUUCACAUGAGAACACACACAGGUGAGAAGCCUUUCACAUGUGGGACCUGUGGAAAGUGUUUCUCUACAAAAGAUGGUUUAAACUCUCACAUGAGGAUCCACACAGGUGAGAAACCAUUCUCAUGCAAGUGCUGUGAAAAAAACUUCACCAAUAAAACCAAUUUAACUUUUCACAUGAGAAGUCACACAGGUGAGAAGCCUUAUUCAUGUAUGACAUGUGGGAAGAGUUUUAGGGUAAGAAGUUCUUUAACUAUUCACAUGAGGACUCACACAGGUGAGAAGCCUUUCUUAUGUAUGACUUGUGGAAAGAGUUUUAGUGCUAGAAAUUGUUUAACAAUUCACAUGAGAACUCAUACAGGUGAGAGGCCUUUCUCAUGUGUUAAAUGUGGAAAGCAUUUUAGGGAAAAAGGGGCUUUAACUACUCACAUGAAAAUUCAUACAGGUGAGAAGCCUUUCUCAUGUGAGAUCUGUGGAAAAAAUUUCACCAAUAGAAAGAGUUUACCUGUUCACAUGAGGACCCACACGGGUGAGACGGCAUAAUGUGAACCUGAAGUACCAAGUUGCUCUGUAAUUUACCUUGUAUUCUGUACAACUGACUAAAGGGCCAAUAUUGUCCAAAAGGUCACCCCUCCCCUUCAACUCAGCUCCUUCAGACUAGCCAGGAGUAAUUUUGCAAACACCUAGUGGAACUGCACAUCUUUUUGAGCUCAUAUGAGCUACUUCUUAGUACAACGCUGGUAAAAAUGUUGCUAAAGGUUUAAUAGUGGGGCGAUGUUAUGAUGACUUCCUGAAGACGGUGUUUCAGAAGGAGCAAGAGUUUUAUAAAAAGACAGAGGCCCAACUUCAAGGCAUUAAAUUACAAAGUUUUUUUUAAUAUUUGAUAUAGAUAGCAUUUUAUAACUGAAGGUAACAUGGAUACUUUAUUGUGCUAUAAAAUGGCACUAUAUGCCUGGAAAACAUAAUGUUGCCCCUUUAAAAUGUAGCAUCUUGGAUUGAAAAAAAGGCUUUUCAAGUAGCUUAAGCUGAAAUAAUUAAGUUCUUCUGAUGAUGUCACAUUUCUAAACGUAUUUAAGUGAAAACCAAUUAAAGGAAUGAUGGAUCUAAAUUAUUUUAAGAAUCACAUUUGUAAAUCUUUUGAAGUCUUUUUCUGUUUUUAUGCUUUAUUGUAUCUACACUGUUUUUGUUCAGUUAUUAUAGCGAUAACCGUAUCGAUUGAUAAAUCACAAAAUAGUUGCCCAUUUGGAUUGAUUAAAAGCUAAAUAUUACACAUUACUUGAAUUAUUUUCUCUCAGUUUGAAAUACUGCCGAUUAUGCUGGGUUUCCUUAGAUAUAAACUUUUUAAGCUACUUUGAAUAAUUAACUGAACUUACUAUAAUGUGUCAUAACUAGAAUCAAUUGAAAUGUUUGAUUGAAUUGAAAUUAUUUUUUUGGUAAAGUUCGUUGAGACGACAUUUGCUAUGAAUUUGCGCAAUAUAAGUAAAACUGAAUUACAUUUUUUUUUUAAACAUCUUUCUUGAUUUAAUUCUUCUUAAAGGUACUCUAAAUUGUAUGUUUGUCUUUUACACAGUUUGGGUUUGAAAAGGUUUUUAUUUUCUUAACAUGUUAGAAAAUGUAUUGACGAAUUUCUGAUACAAAAAUGGAAGUGAAAAACAUUGUAUUUGUAAUUCUUAUGUAAUAAACUAAAUUCACCAUCAA